GGGGUUGGAAGAACGAUGAGAUCAUCUUGAAGCAGAAAGACUUCUGGACUUAUUAACUCAACUCAGACUCUACAGUUAGUACCGGUCCCUUGACCGUUUCGGAUGAUUUUCUUCUUUUUCGUUCGCCGCGAGUAAAACAAGAGAAGCUGCAGAGAGAAGGACCAAUUUGUUCAGUAAACUGGAGAACCGACCACUCGCAUCACAAUGAGGUCGAAAUUUCAAUUGGUCAUUAUCGGAUUUGUCCUAUUUGCUCUUCUGGUUCUUGAUUCUUCUGAGGGUAGACGAAACAGUCGUCGUCGAACAACGACACAAAAGCCAACUCUACAGGAUGAGAUGAUGAAUAUGCUCGAGGCGGAUGAAUUAGUCGAGGAUGCUGAAAGAUCUAUGGCUAAGGAUGAUGAUAGUCGAAUGAGGCCAAUGCCUCUUCAAGUUGAUCCAUGUCUCGACAAGCAUUGUGGUGCUGGACGAGUUUGUAAAAUAUCAGAAGAAGGAAUGGGUGAAUGUGUUUGCAUAGAGAAAUGCGAUGAAGAAAUCGAUCCCAGACGUAAAGUUUGCACAAAUUACAACGAAACCUUUGGCAGUGACUGCGAAGUUUAUCAAGCUCGUUGCUUUUGCGAUUCUGGAGAUUCUAGAUGUAGAGGUCCUGAUUAUCAGCAUAUUCACAUUGAAUAUUACGGCGAAUGCCGUCAAAUGCCAGCAUGCAAAGAAGAAGAUAUGCUUGAUUUUCCAAGGCGAAUGCGUGACUGGCUUUUCAAUAUUAUGCGCGAUUUGGCCGAUCGUCAAGAGCUUCCGUCACACUAUUUGAAAAUGCAAAGAGAGGCCGAAACAAAUCAUACACUUCGUUGGUCGAACGCCGCAAUUUGGAAAUGGUGUGAUCUUGAUGGCCAUCCUCAUGAUAGAACUGUUUCACGACAUGAACUUUUUCCAAUUAGAGCACCUUUAAUGGCACUUGAACAUUGCAUUGCGCCUUUCCUUGAUUCUUGCGAUGUUAAUGACGAUCACAAAAUCAAUCUCACCGAAUGGGGAAAAUGUCUACAACUUGAAGAGAGUGAUUUGGAGGAUAAAUGCGAUGAGUUAGCAGAUGCUGCGGGAGAGCAAUAAUAAAAAUUGAUUACAGCGUUGUGUCAGAAUCAGAUCCAAAAAAAAGGAGAAAAGUGAAAAUUAAAAUGAAAAAAAAAAAUUGAAACGAUUUAUUUAAAAACAACGUACAUUGGAGAGUUGAGACAAUGAUUGGACAUGCGCCGUAUUUCAAAAUGAACAAACUGCCAUAGUUACGAUUCUACAAAAAACUUUUUUAGAACAGUUUCCAUUUUAACAGUCAUAUAACACUGCAUCUCCUUUCCUAAUUUUCCUUUUUGUAAGUACCAAAUUCUAUUUCCUAUAUACAAAUGAAAAAAUCUUUCCUUUCAUUACAGCAAAUUAUUUUGAUUUUUACUUUUUUAAAAAAACAAACGUGCCUUAUAAUCAUGAGAUUUUUCAAAUAAAAUAUGAAAUAAUA